UUGCUUCUGGCAGUUGGAAAAGCGGGAAACACAGAGAAUCGGUUUCUUUCUUCUUCUCCGACGAAUCGCUCUCUUCUCCGGCGACUGCGAUUGUGCAUUUCUGAAGCGCGGAUAGAGAUUAUAGCUAUCGAUUAUUCUUCCAAGUGGCCAUGGAUCCUGCAGCAAAUAGUUCUUCCGAAGAUAGUUCCUCUGAGAACAGGCAUGUAACUGACACGGUUCGCGAGGCUAUACUCACGAUCAACGGUGGAAACGGUGUUGACAUUGAUGGCAUUUACGAUUUUGUCAAGGAUAAAUUCCCUCUAGCGGAAUGUGACAGGAACCUGUUGGAAAUCGAGCUCAACGACCGUGCUUAUCACAACGAACUAGAGAAGGUAGAUGAUACCCGCUACAAAGUCGUCAACGUUACUUCAGAAAAUACACAUGAGACAACAGAGACCAAGUCAAAAUCAGUUGGAGACUCUGAUAUUCAUAAAGAUCCUGCAACUAGUGCCUCUGAUUACGCUUUACCCUAUGGGGAUAUGCCUGAGGCCAUCGUUACUGAGGCUAUAUCAACAAUGGAUUAUGGAGUCGGUGUUCAUAUUGACGAGAUUUACCAAUAUAUUGAGAAUAGGUACAUAAUACCGACGGAUUACAUGAAGAUGUUGGAAGACGAGCUGAACAAACGUGUUUCUGAAAAUGAACUAGAGAAGGGAGAAUACGGCUACAGGAUCGUCGUGGAUGUUACUUCAGAAAAUAUGGAUGAGUCCCAGUCACAAGCUGUUGCAGUGGAUGAUCAGAAAGAUCCUGCAAAGAGUUCUUCCUCUUCUUCAGAUGCCUCUGCUUCCUCUGGGAAUACGCCUCUUUAUGACCCCGUUAUUGAGGCUAUAUCAACAAUCAAUGAUGGAAAUGGUGUUGAUAUUGAUGGAAUUCUCGAGUUUAUCCAGGCAAAGUAUCGAAGGACUUUUUCGCCAAAUUAUAGGAAGAACUUGGAAGGAGGGCUGAAAAGACGUGUUUCUCAAUGCAUACUAGAGAAGGUAGAAACCCACUACAAGAUCCUCGAUAUUACUCCUGAGAAACUAGGUGAGAUAAGUGAGGCAGCAGCAAAGGCACUUGCAGUGUCUGAUCAGAAAGAUUUAGAAGCGAAAGAGGCAUCCGAAGCUGCAGAUAGGGCCAAAAAGGUGUUAGAAGAAAACGAACUUGUUUUGCAGGUGGCCAGAGAAACACUUGGCCGAUAUACCAGAGGCGACUAGGUUUCCCUGCCCUAAAAGCUCUACAUUCUGGUCUGGUUCUUUGAUAGUUUGGGUUUUGAGUUGCACAUAUGUGCUUUCAUUGACUAAAACUUUGUCACUUUAUGUUUAGCUUUUGAGGUCAAACGUUUCUGGUUGUACGUACAUAAAUAACGUUUCUAGUACUACUGUUCUUUUGAACGAAUCCCUUUCAAGGAAAUCAGUUCAACUUGUGCUA